GGGAGGUCCAGAAGGCAAAGCCAGAAAGCAAGUCAAUGAAAUCAGCUCAUUAUAUAUAAAGAAAAAGCAUUUAUGUAAGGGUGCUUAUGGAUAGACUUAUUUGUGUUGAGUGCCUAUUUAAUUUCAUACAGGGCCACAUCUCAUCAUACCGUUUAGAUAUGGACCAGGGCGUCCUUUUGCUUUGCUUUUCCUUGAGAAGAGCACACAGCACUGCCACCUUGUUGCCAAAGUCUGGCCUGAUUUGAAUGUACUGGAAAAUCAAGUGAAUGCCUGUUGUAGAAAAAGCUCACUCCUUCUCUUUGUCAGUACUUGCAAAAGCAACUUAAAAGAAGUUAGUAUUACUGGCCUGCAUUCAGUAAUUAGCAUAAUCAUGAUGCCAUGCAUUGUUCACCCGGACACGCCCCCUGGCCACACUUCCCAUUAAGAGGACACUGAUGUUGUCCUAGUGAAUAAAUCACGGCACACAUGAUGCAAACCAGCGUGUUCCUGCCUGCCGCUUGGCUGCAGUUAAUUUUAGCCAGGGUUGGUUCUAUGAGUUGUAAAACUGUUUACCCAAGUAGAAGUUAGUAAGCUGAAAUGUGACUUCCCAGCCCGAUGUGAUAGGGUAUCUAUUUUAGACUUUAGAUUGAGUUUGUGAUCGGGAGAACAGUCUUCUGAAGAAUUGGGGCUCAGCUGUCUUAGAAGCUACUUGUGAUCCCAGCAAGCCAGACUAAAAUACAGAAACCAGGGGGAAAAUCUGAGCAGAAAUAGCAGUAGCCGCACACUGUGGGGAGACAUCACAGCUUUCCCAGAUCAGGAGGAAAAAUAUGGAAUGUGUUUUACCGCUGACUGAACACAAUCGAAUGAACUGUCCUGACAGUAGUUUGAAAACCAGCAGCUAGCAGUUUGUCCAGGCUCUAACACUGUCCAGCACUUUCCAGAGCAAAUCUGCUGUUUACAAGAACUCUCAGCCUUACGAAGUUUAUAACCUCAAGCUUUGUUUAUUUAAAAUAUUUCUGCAGAAGAAAAGUACCUGGCACCUGCUUUCCAGAAUGGCCAUGGAAGAGUAUUUGUGGAUGGUCAUUUUAGGUUUCAUCAUAGCGUUCAUCUUGGCCUUUUCUGUUGGUGCAAACGAUGUUGCCAACUCCUUCGGUACUGCCGUGGGCUCUGGCGUGGUGACCUUGCGGCAGGCCUGCAUUUUGGCUUCGAUAUUUGAAACCACCGGCUCUGUGUUAUUGGGAGCCAAAGUAGGAGAGACCAUUCGUAAAGGUAUCAUUGACGUGAACCUGUACAACGAGACGGUGGAGACACUUAUGGCUGGGGAAGUUAGCGCCAUGGUUGGCUCAGCCGUCUGGCAACUGAUUGCAUCCUUCCUGAGGCUCCCCAUCUCAGGAACCCACUGCAUUGUCGGCUCCACCAUCGGGUUCUCACUUGUGGCCAUUGGGACGAAGGGUGUACAGUGGAUGGAGCUCGUCAAGAUUGUUGCCUCUUGGUUUAUAUCUCCAUUGCUGUCUGGCUUCAUGUCUGGCGUGCUGUUUGUACUGAUCCGAAUUUUCAUCUUAAAAAAGGAGGACCCUGUGCCCAAUGGCCUGCGGGCACUUCCGGUGUUCUAUGCUGCUACUAUAGCAAUAAAUGUCUUUUCCAUCAUGUACACGGGAGCACCAGUGCUGGGCCUGGUCCUCCCCAUGUGGGCAAUAGCUCUCAUCUCCUCCGGUGUGGCUCUCCUUUUUGCCUUUGUUGUGUGGCUCUUCGUGUGUCCGUGGAUGCGGAGGAAAAUAGCAGGCAAAUUACAGAAGGAAGGUGCUUUAACACGAGUAUCUGACGAAAGCCUCAAUAAAGUUCAGGAAGCAGAGUCCCCUGUAUUUAAAGAACUGCCUGGAGCUAAGUCUGCGGAUGAUAGCACCAUCCCACUCACAGGGGCAGGGGAAACAUCAGGGACCUCAGAAGGUACCUCUGUGGGAAGCCACCCUCGGGCCGCCUAUGGAAGGGCGCUCUCCAUGACCCAUGGCUCCAUUAAGUCGCCUGUCUCCAACGGUACCUUCGGCUUUGACGGUGCCCCGCGCAGCGACGGCCACGUGUACCACACGGUGCACAAGGACUCGGGGCUCUACAAAGACCUGCUGCACAAGAUCCAUGUGGACAGGGGCCCAGAGGACAGGCCCGCACCGGAAAACAACUACCGGCUGCUGCGGCGGAACAACAGCUACACCUGCUACACAGCGGCCAUCUGUGGCCUGCCUGUGCACACCGCCUUCAGGGCUGCCGACUUGUCAUCGGCACCAGAGGACAGCGAGAAGCUGGUGGGCGACACCGUGGCCUACUCCAAGAAGCGGCUGCGCUAUGAUAGCUACUCGAGCUACUGCAAUGCAGUAGCCGAGGCUGAGAUCGAGGCAGAAGAGGGUGGCGUGGAGAUGAAGCUGGCAUCCGAGCUGGGCCCUGAGCCACCUCGCGGGGACCCUGUGGAGGAGGAGAAGGAAGAGAAGGACACGGCCGAAGUGCACCUGCUCUUCCACUUCCUGCAGGUCCUCACUGCCUGUUUCGGAUCCUUUGCUCAUGGUGGCAAUGAUGUGAGUAAUGCCAUCGGCCCCCUGGUGGCCCUGUGGCUCAUCUACGAGCAGGGCGGAGUGAUGCAGGAAGCCGCGACCCCUGUGUGGCUGCUGUUCUAUGGAGGCGUGGGAAUCUGCACAGGGCUCUGGGUGUGGGGGAGAAGAGUGAUCCAGACCAUGGGGAAAGACCUCACCCCAAUCACCCCGUCCAGCGGCUUCACCAUUGAGCUGGCCUCAGCCUUCACGGUGGUGAUCGCUUCCAACAUCGGGCUUCCGGUCAGCACUACACACUGCAAGGUGGGCUCCGUGGUGGCUGUAGGCUGGAUCCGCUCCCGCAAGGCUGUUGACUGGCGCCUCUUCCGGAACAUCUUUGUGGCCUGGUUCGUGACCGUCCCCGUGGCUGGAUUGUUCAGUGCUGCUAUCAUGGCCCUACUCAUGUACGGGAUCCUUCCCUACGUGUGACCUCUCUUCUGCCGGCGUACACAGCUGAAGGGAUGGACUGGUGGCGUGCUCUGUUACACGCACCUCUGGCUGCAGCUCUCCCACCAGCCCUGCACACCUGUGGGUCCCAUUCCACGCUCGCCGGCUGCGGAGACCCAGCUUCAGAGCUAACCUAACUACUGUACAUAACAAUAUGUAUUAAGCCGGUAUCGUGGUGAAUAAUGUGGUGCAGUUACUUAUAUAUUAAGUAUAUAUUGUAUACAUAGAAUAGGUAGCACUAUUUCGAACGUAGUCGAAUGGGAGUGGAGAUCAUUGCCUAGAAUUCAAUAUUCAGUAAAUCUUGUACAUAACAAUGUCAGUGGCAAACUCUCAGAGCCUUUGAAAAGGAAGAUGUGGAUUGGAAAAUGUUUUUUUCCAUACCUGAUUUUUCCCUUCUAAUAUACUGUAAGCUAAAUGAGACAUGGGCCCGGCCACAGAGACCUGGGAGGCAUAGGGCGACUGGCUCAGGAUGCCGGGCAGGAGUUCACAAGUGCUUUCAUAAAGAGCUUGUUCAAAUACUGUAUGGAUUAUCAUGUAAUAUAUCAGCAUUGCUUUUGUAAAUACUUAAAAGUGUAAUUUUUUAAUGGUGUGCUUCCCUUAUACUUUUUUGAUCAGAGAAUUUUGGAAAGUACCAAAGAAGCAGGGGAACGUUUGCCAGUAUUAUAUUUUCUAUGUUGUCUGUCUCCCCCUCA